AUGCCUAGCCCUGGGAGCUGGGUCCUGGGGUCUCCCUGGGUCUUUCUUUUCUCCAGACUGAACAUCCCCAGCUGUCCCAGCCUGUCACCACAGGAGAUGAGGUUUGUGAGCUGGCUCACCUGCACAACAUCUCCAGCUGCUCUGGGAUUCCCAUGUGAUGGGGUUGUGCCUUUGGCAGUGCCUUGCACUGGAGCUCUUCCAUUUUCAAGGAUGAACUCCACCCUUCUGGUCCUGGGCUGUUGUCUCAGCUCCCAGUUUAGUCUACCCUCACCAGUCCAGCUGCCCCUCCUGGUACCUUUGAGCCCCUUUCCUGGCAGCCUCAAGCUUCAGCUCCCCACCCUGUCUGGUGGCUCUGCAGUGAAUUAUUCAGUCCUGAACUGCUUUCUGGUGUUUGGAGUGUCCAGGCUGGGCUCCUGCAGCCCUGUGCGAGUCUGGUGCUUCAGAGCCUCCAACGACACAGUGCUGCAGCUGGAUUUGCUGCCGAGGCUGUUCUUAUGCUCAGGAACUCUGGAUGAGCUGUGUGUUCCCUUAGAACAGGGGUGCCUGAGGAGACUUUUCCUUUGCAGAUGUGGGUUUGUUCUCAGCGCAACUUCCACUUGCUGCCAGGUGGGUUUAUCUCAGGAUCAUUCUGGGAAGGGGCUGCUCAGUACCUCACACUGCUGUGCUGUCAGUGUCCUGGUCAGGGUUACUCCGGAUUGAAUAAACAGAAUGGAGAAUCACAGGGACAAGCAGUCCUAAAGUGUUAGUUAUUUCUGCAGUCCCUGAGAGCCUGAGCUGAGGCAGCUUUGCUUGGUGACACUAAAACCAGUUUGUCUCAAUUCCUAUAUGCUGUCAUCCUAUUCCUGCUGCCAGGCUUCCAUCUAGAGGGUUUGGUUUUAAAUUUUCUUCCUGGUCAUUAAGGUUUGUGAUGCAGUCUCCAGUCUCUGUUGGAGUCCCAAAACGGCUCUGAUUUGUGGUGACCUGACAUUAGUGUCUGGGAUUGAGCAGUGACUGGGUUUAGGCCAUUUUCUGUGUUUCUGUUGAUGUUUUAUCAUGCUGAUUUUUACUCAAAAUGCUCUGUGGUGGGUCCUGUGCCACAGCAAAGGCCCUCAGAGCUGCAGCUGUUUGGGGAACAGAUGCAGGGGUUCUGCUGUGGCUGCCUGACAGGUUCAGUGUUGGCAGCUCACCAGGAACACAGUGGAGCACAGGAUCCUGGAGGCUGUGCAGGGAGAGGCCCUGCUCAGCUCCGAGAGCCAGUGGCAGCUCUGGCCUGGCUGUCACAGUGUCCCCAGGAUGUCACAGGAUGGUCAGACAGGGGUACCUGAGGUCCACGAGGCCAGUGGGAGACACCUCCCACCCCAGCAACGGGGACUGCUGCCCACAGAGCCUGUGGCUCCCAUGGAAUCCUGGGGCAGGUGGGACAGCCGCAGGCUGCAGGGGAAGGAGGGACUGGGGGAAAGAACAAGUGUGGGAAAUGGGCAUAAAAUGGGCCAACUGUGUAUAAAAAGAAAUAAUGGAUCACCACAGAGUACUCUUCUUUUCCAGUGUUUUGCUGGGUGCAUGGGCUCUUCCUGCUACACAGGGAGAGCUCACCUGUAUAGCCCACCCUUCCAUCAGUGUUCUACAACCCAUGGACAUCGCUCCUGCUGGAGCACCCACGGGUAUCGACAGCCCUUGGGCCGGGCUGGGAGGAGCCCUAGAGCUUCGCAUCAGGGAGGAGCUGCCUCUUGACCCACCUUGAUAGAAGGUGCAGCUUUAUGGGUGCUAGAGGCAGGUGAGCUCAGGCACAUAACUGGUACCCCCAUCCCUUGAG